AUGGUCAAGAAGCCAGAAUGUCCCAAGGACAUGCUUCUGAUCGGUGCUGAUUGUGUCUUCCCAGGACCACCUUCUCGUCCGGAGAACACCAGGAUGGAAGGCAACAAGUGUGUCUCGUAUAUGCCACCUUCUUGUGAUGAGGCCGCUCAAUGGGAUGGCAAGCGUUGUGUGAUCAGCGGUCGCGGCGAUUGUGACGAGGGUAUCCAUCAAGGAAAGGACUGCAUUACCGGAAGCCAACCUGAAUGCCUGAUGGUGCCACAUUUGACGGAUCAAGAUGCGUGUCUCAGUGGUGAUGGACAGUGUCUUACCGACGGCACGCCCCAAUGUCCCCCCAACGCCAAGUUCCAGGAAGGUCUCUGUGUCUACGGACCUCCUGGCUGUGCUGCUGGCCAAGUCUUUGCGAACGGACGUUGCGAAAGUGUUGAAACUCCCCAGUUUCCCGAAGCUUUCUCCUGGAAAGGAGGGAGGUGUGUUCGAGUCACCGAAGAGCGCUGCGAGCCAGGCUUCGUCCUCAAGGAUGGUCAAUGCAUCUCGAUGCCAAACCUGAUUGCGGAAACUUGCCUUUCAACGGCAAAGCCUGCUCCAGUGGUAAGCCUCGCUGCCCUGAGGGAACUUAUCUCGAAGGGGAGAGUUGCAUUUCCAUCAUCGACCCGCAAUGCCCGCAAGGCUUCAGAUUCAACGGCAAAAGAUGUAGUGCUGUGCGCUUCUGGUACCGUCUAUGACAAGUCUAGCCAGGAGUGUGUCUCCAUUGUUAAACCUAAGUGUCCCGAAAACCAGGUAUUCAAUGGUAAGUAUUGUGCUAUUACCACCGGUGAAUGCAUGGACUUCCAAUAUUGUCCGACUGAGUCCUACGGAAAGAAUUGCCAGCUCACUGUCGACGGAGUGGUAUGCAAUGGACGCCAGGAAGGACAGAAUUCUCCUAUCGGUCAAAUUCCUGUCAACAAUUGGCCAAUCAACGAUGGAAAUUUUAACCAGAAUACUGGCCAGUGGCGUGAACCGCUUCCGAAUGGGCAGCUGAACACCGGAUACCAGGGCCCGAACUAUGACGGUUCUUGGAAGGAACAGGUCCCUGUCAAUAAUGCACAGCCCACUGAUGGAGGCUUCUGGCGCGAACGUGAUAACUCCGAUAAUCCUUACCAGAACAAUGCUGGCGCCUGGCGUGAGCAGCCCGACGGUGCAGCUCCCAACCAAACCAACGGAGGAGGACUUUGGCGAGAGCGACCGGCCAACUGA